AUGCCCAGCCAGACAAUGCGUGCUGUGGUCUUCAAGGGCCUACACAAAGUCGCCGUUGAGGAGCGUCCGAUCCCCCAGAUCCAGCAUGCAGAGGAUAUUAUUAUCAGAGCAACAUAUACCGCGCUUUGCGGAAGUGAUCUCCAUGUAUACCGGGGCAUUGAACCCGCCGGGACAGGGUUCGUCAUGGGCCAUGAGGUAACAGGUGAAGUCGUGGAGGUUGGUGAUGCAGUUAAGACCGUGCAGAAGGGGGACAUGGUUGUUUCGGCGUUUACGACAUCUUGCGGCACAUGCUUCUACUGCACGCAGGGCUUCUCAUCAAGAUGCGACAAGAACACGCUGCUUGGAUGCGACGACCUAGAUGGUGCGCAGGCGGAAUACGUCCGAAUCCCUCACGCCGACGGCACAGUCAUCAAGGCCCCCGCCGGAAUCUCCCCGCAGCACCUCGUGCUCAUGGGCGACAUCUUCCCAACGGGCUACUUCGCCGCCCUAAACGCCUUCAAGAAUGCGACGCCCGCGCAAAUCGCAGAGCAAACUGUGGUGAUUAUCGGCUGCGGCCCCGUCGGUCUCUGCGCGCUGAUCAACGCGCUCGAGUACAAGCCCAAGCACGUCCUCGCUGUUGACUGCGUACCCUCUCGUCUGGAGCUAGCAAAGUCUCUCGGUGCUGAGCCCUGGGAUUUCAAGAACGACCGCGAGGGCCUGGAUAGGAGGGUCGCUGAGUUGACGCACGGCCGCGGGGCCGACGCCGUCAUUGAGGUUGUGGGGUUGAGUCCGGCGCUGAGAAUGAGCUUUGAGCUGUUGAGGCCCUGGGGCGUUAUUAGUAGUGUUGGGGUUCAUAAUGGGGAGAUCCCCUGGAGCGGAAGCGAGGCAUACGGCAAGAAUGUGACUUUGCAGAUGGGUCGGUGUCCCGUGCGGUCUGUGUCUGAUGCAGCGCUGGAGGUGCUGAAGAGGAACCAGCAUUUGCUUGGAUUCAUGACGGACAACAUCAUGCCUUUGUCAAAGGCAGUCGAGGCCUAUGAUCUGUUUAAUGCGAUGAGGGUGCAGAAGGUUAUUUUCGAGGCGGGAAAAUAA